AUCGAGCAAUACUAGAGACCCCCUAUAGGAGCUAUUGGCUAUUGCACGUUAGACAAGGGAAGCCAUCUUGGAACUUCCUUUCGUGGCAGAUCGCAUCGAAUAAUCGGCGACGUAACCAAAUUUUAGACCGGAGACGGGUAAAUAAGCGUAUUUUACAUCAUUGAGAAGUCUCCAGGCCAUGUCAACUAUGAAUCCUGAAUAUGACUACCUGUUUAAACUACUACUCAUCGGAGACUCUGGUGUAGGAAAAUCAUGUUUGUUACUUCGUUUUGCUGAUGAUACAUAUACAGAAAGUUACAUCAGUACGAUUGGUGUUGAUUUUAAAAUCAGAACGAUAGAAUUAGAUGGAAAAACAAUUAAACUACAAAUAUGGGACACAGCUGGACAAGAGAGGUUUCGUACUAUCACAUCUAGUUAUUAUAGGGGUGCGCACGGUAUAAUUGUUGUUUACGAUGUUACAGACCAGGAGUCAUUUCAUAACGUUAAACAGUGGUUACAAGAAAUAGAUCGUUACGCUUGUGAAAAUGUGAAUAAAUUAUUAGUUGGUAACAAAUGUGAUUUGACCACAAAGAAAGUAGUUGAUUACACAACGGCAAAGGAGUAUGCUGACCAACUGGAAAUUCCAUUCCUUGAGACCAGUGCGAAGAAUGCAACAAAUGUAGAACAAGCCUUCAUGACAAUGGCCGCAGAAAUUAAGAAUCGCAUGGGACCAGGUAGCAUGCCACAAGAUGGCAAACAAAAUGUUAAAAUUCAAGGUGCAAGUACUCCUGUAAAACAAUCAUCAGGUGGUUGUUGUUGAAUUUAUGUCAUAUUGAACUGUACAGCUAUUACAAUGUUUAUUCCUCUCCGAAGCCUGGUUUAUACAGUUUUUAAGUUUCCAAUUAUGAGGGUAACAUGGCACUUUGAUUUGUGGGGAGUUUCACUUCACUGGAUGUCUUAGUUCAAAGAGAGAUCAUACAUUGUUUAACUGGAAAAUACAAUGAUUUUCACACAAGGUCAUUUAAUUUACAGCACUAAAUAUUGUGUAUGUAGACAUACUUACAGCAUCAAGCUGUUUUCUGAGAAGUAAUUUAUAAAAGGAAUCAUAAAAAGGGAAAUGCCUGUUGUUCUAAAUGUAUUGUUAUUUUGGCAUUAUGAGGGUUGCUUCACUAGCUACAAUAAUAAGUAGUUUCAGAAAUCUAGUAACUAGGCCCAGUCAUCAAAAAUAUAAUCUAUCCCCAGUGUUUAAUUUAUGUAACAAAACAUAAAAAAUGUAAUGGACAGCUUGAAUUAUAUUAUUAAUCAUGUCAUUUCUUAGCAUGUAUUCAUUUCCUAAGUAUUUGUAUGGUUACACAAAUGAAGUAUCUCACUCACAAUUUUGACCCUUUCUUGUGUGUUUGUGGGGGUGGGCGGUAUUAAUAUAUGUAUGUGGGGGAGUUGACUCAAUAUCAAGCGUAUGAAUAACGCUCAUUUUCUGACAAAGUCUCCAUUACAGUUCAUUGCCCAUUUUACUCUUACAUGCAUGCUUUCAUGGUGACUUUGUCAGCAUACAUUUACCAUUACUUGUACAGUAUAGAUUCAAAAUAGUAAAUAUUAUGUUCUAGCUUUUGUUAAAGUUUUGGUGACUGUAUCACACUUUUAGCUAGUGUAGUAGUGUUUGUUUUAUUUGGGAUAACUGAGCACAGCUGAUGAAGUGGUUGAGCUUCAUUUUUAUAGUCAGUAUGUUUUUUGUCGGAAAAGAUUUUCGACAAAGGCCAAGCAAUUCUUGCAAAUGGUAGUGGUGAACUUUUUUCAGGAAGAAAAUUUUACAUGCCUUAGUGUGUUAAAAACCUUUAAAAACAAUAAUUCUACAGAGAUAAAUAUUUGUGCAUUGCUGUUUUGUUUUUUUCAUUUUAUUCUGAGUUAUUAUUACAUUGUAGAAAAUUCCAUGUGGUAUUCAAUGAUUUGUGGGAAAGUAGGUUAUUUGGAAAUAAUUGGCCACAAAUAAACUGUAAAUUGGUUAUAUCAAGAUUGUGCAUGAAUGUGCAGGCACUGUAGAUACACAUGCUCAUUUGGUAAACAAGUUUCAUUUUAGUCUCUGCAUUGAAAACUAUACAUAUCAUGGAGACUGUUUUGUUAUGUAGUAAAUUUGUGCUUCCAUGUGCUGCUUGUUCUAAGCUUUUGAGUGUUUUUUUUUAUCCUACUGUAGUUACAGAUUGAGAAAUAGAUGCCAUGUACUCAUAGCAGUAUUAAUGUACUAACAGUUGUACCAGACUUUUAGGAUGGAGGUUUUCAAUGCAGAGACUUGGUAGGUUUAUAAUAGUAUGGCCUUACACAUAUUAUAUUCAGUUAUAGUCAGGAAAUAUUAAGUUCUGUUUAAUUUUGCUGUAACCAUUUAUUAAAAAUAUAAUUAUGUAAUGCUAAA